AUGAUAACCGUAACUUCAACAGCAACGAAAGAACAGAUCGUUGAAAAGCCUGUGGAGAAGCAUUCCAGCUUCGAUCAGUCGUUUGAUGACACGGUAGCUUACGUCUUAUUAUAUCCUGACUAUCGAGAAGUUCGCUGUGUUCCAGGGACAACGCAGCCCUUUGUAUUGGCAAAUUACAAACGGGCAAUUGGCAAAGAUUAUAAACGGCUUACAUUUUACCUCCUCCCACUAGACGAUGUAGACAAUUCUGAUGAUAGCGAUAAAGAGUUACCGAAAACUACUCCUGCACCUAGUGAUAUUCGUAAUUAUGGUACCCUCUUUUUUCGCACCAUUCGUCAUAGUGAUACUGAGGAAAAAAACAAAUUUACCCAACGAAAUAAUCAACCAAGUUCAAGACAGCCAUCUUAUUAUUAA